UUUUUUUUUUCCUUCAGACAUGACAGAUGUUCGACAUGCUCGAACGUUAGGAAUUACUCAUCUUUUUAAGUGCUGAAGCGGAUGAAAGCCGGUCCAGUUAGACUCUCCUUCCCCCUCAGAACCGGUCCGAGAAACAAUUCUCUCCCCCAUUUGGUCCCACCCAAAUCGCAGUCGCUCGGAGUUUAUGGGUAUCUUCUCUCCGGAAAACAAAUAUGUUUUGUGAGGUGGAAUGUCAAGUAUAUGUGCGGAUCCCCACUGAAAACCUGGACAGAAAUUAUUUGGUUCCCCAGAGAACAAUUUUAUCGUGUCUUUUGAAGAGCAUGUUGAUAUGGAAGGCCACAAAGGAGCAUGGUUACUUCCUUGCCGUAACUAAAUUGAAGAGCAUAGGCAAGGGAGAGUUUGAGGAGUCAUCAAGGAGUAUCUUCUUCCCGGUAGCUUUCUUCUUUCGCACCUUCUUACCUGCGAAUGGAGAGAUCAUGCAUGGAGUCGUAAACGUGGUGCAUAGACGCGGGGUGUUCUUAAAAUGUGGACCCAUUAAAUAUGUCUAUCUCUCGGUUCGAAAGAUGCCAAAUUACUACUAUGUUGGCGGGGAAAAUCCACACUUUAUCAAAGAUGAUCUCUCGAGGAUAGAGAAAGAUGUUGUGAUCCUUUUCACGGUAUUCGCUGUGAGAUGGACAAAGAAAAGAGGGGAAAUUGAGAGAGAGUUCAUGAUUCUUGCUAGUUUAGAAGGCAAUGGUCUCGGACCAGUUUCCAUGGCAGGAUAUGAGGAAUUGGAUUUGUAAAGAAGUCGCGUGGAUGUAUCGUGGAUGGUAAAUGUUAGAUAAACUUCUGUUUACUUUGUAGUUUUGCUACAGUGUUAAUGGAUGGUAGGUCAUAUCAUACUUUUGUUUGUUUACUAGACUAUUAACUGAAAAUAUAGUUUUAGAUUAACCAAAAUGUAAAAGAUUGGGUACUAUUUUCAUGGGUUUAUAAUUUUAUUUUUGUGUUUAUCCA